AUGGAGAACGGGAGGAGAUCUGGCCAGCCGUCGGGGUACUUAGUGAAGAGCAAGGGGCCUUCGGGGUGUUUGAUUGUGAGGAAGAAAGGGAGUGAUGGCGUGGGAGGGGCGGGUUCUUCCGGUUCGAGGAGGCUUUUUGAAUCGAAGAAGAGGCCGAGGUUGGAUUUCAGCGAUUCCGGGUCCAGUGACGAGCUGUUAAUGCGUUCACAGCCAAGGUUGGCGCCUGAUACUUCUCGGAUUCGUAAUGGCGUGAGUGGUUUUGAUGCGGGCGUUGAGGGGAAGAGCGGGGUUGCUAGGAAGAGGAGCAAGGGAGAGGGUGGUAGGCGUAGUGAGAUGGAUGGCAUUGUCAGAGAUAGUUUGAUUGACCGGACGAGGACCAGGUUAGAUGUGUAUGAUUUAGAUGAUCAUCAAGGUAGGCGGGGUGGAAUUGAUAGUCGGAGGUUUUAUGGCUCAAUGUCUGUGGGUAGAGGUAGCAUUGAAAGAGAUUACGAUUCUGGUUCAAGUAGAGAUGCUCUUCGUGGGAAUAGACAGGCUUCGUAUUUCGAGAGGGCUAGUGGUUUCACUAGUGGCAAUCCUUCUGCUAGGGAGGGAGUUCGGCUGCCGGCUCCAGUUCUGAGGGAUGACUAUGAAUCAGAGCAACCAAUUCGGGUUCAAGGUAAAAAUGGAGUUUUAAAGGUUAUGGUGAACAAGAAAAAAAAGAUUGGUGGGUCUCUCAAUGGUCACAGUGCCAUGGAGCUUGAGGAAGUAAGGAAGGCUGUGAGGACUAAAGAAUUUUCCAACAAGAACGUUCUUAUGCACCCUUCAUAUUACACGGAGUCUAAAAUGAUUGACAAAGCAAUUCCAUGUAUUGGCAGAGAGAAGAAACCGAUGAAUCUGCUGAAUUCGAUGAAAAGUGAAGAUAAUGUGAGUGAUCAGGACUCUGGUGAUAGUGGUAUUUUGUUGACAAAGAAAGGAAAUAUGAGAGCCAAGUAUGCAGAACCUAGCAAUUCCCAGAGGAUGCUGUUCUCUACAAAGGCAAGUGUGAGCACUGGCAUGAAUUCUGAUGACAGUGAUACUUCCUUGAAGCUGCGACCAAAGAGCAGUGGAGGUCUUAGAUCAAGAUCGGGGACAAGCGUUGGCGAUGAGAAAACCACGCCUGGUAAGCUCCUACCAAGCAAAGUCAAUGAAGGCAAACUUAAGCGUGGUUCUGGCACUGAAAAGCAAAAGUUGCGUGAAAGAAUUAGGGGGAUGCUUGUAGAUGCUGGCUGGACAAUAGAUUACAGGCCUAGGAGGAACAGGGACUAUUUGGAUGCAGUUUACAUAAGCCCUGCAGGAACUGCUUACUGGUCCAUCAUCAAGGCGUAUGACGCACUUCUUAAGCAGUUGAAUGAAGAUGAAGAGGUUGUAAAGGCUAAGGUGGAAUGUUCUCAAAUUACACCAUUACCAGAUGAGCUACUCAGCCAACUUACAAGGAAUACUAGGAAGAAGAUGGAGAAGGAAAUGAGAAAGAAACAAAGAGACAGCCGCCAGAGUGAGAAUGCAAGGGAAGCUUUAGCGCGGAAGGCGUCAAGCAGCAGGUAUGAUGAGGAGAGUAUGGACAGCCAUAGUCAGGAAGAGAAAUUGAGCUCAUUCAUAAAGCAAAGUGGCAAUUCAAUUAAGGGUAAAUUGCAUUGUAAUAGUUCCACCAGUGUAACCUCUAAGGGUCACCAUUCGAUGCAUACUUUGCAUGUCAACGGUGACAAAUUUUCCUCUGGACACAAUAGUCACCAUGGCAGGAAAAGCAGAAAAUUAGGUAGAUGCACCUUACUAAUCCGGAGAUCAAACCAGGGUCUGAACUCAGAUGGUGAUGGUUUUGUACCUUAUACUGGGAAAAGAACACUGCUCUCUUGGCUAGUUGACUCUGGAGCUGUGCAGUUGAGUCAAAAGAUUGAUGCAUGGAAUAGGAAAGAGGCUUCUGAGAACAUUGGUUUUCACUCGGUGGAUAUUGAUGGUGAUGAUCCAAAUGAUGAUACUUGUGCUCUUUGUGGUGAUGGUGGGGAUUUGAUAUGCUGUGAUGGUUGUCCAUCUACAUUUCAUCAGAGCUGCCUGGGCAUUGAGAUGCUGCCUCCGGGUGUUUGGCGUUGCCCAAAUUGUACAUGCAAGUUCUGUGGGUUGGCCAGUGACAAUCUUGUUGAUGAAGAUGAUCCAACUGUUUCGGCUCUUCCGACGUGCAGCCUCUGUACCAGAAAAUAUCAUGAAUCAUGCAUCAAGGAUAUGGAUGCUGCUACUGUUGAAGGUGAUAGUUCUAAAUCUUGCUUCUGUAGCCAAAAAUGCAGAGAGCUCUUUGACCAAUUGCUAAAGUAUCUGGGCGUCAAACAUGAGCUGGAAGGAGGAUUUUCAUGGUCUCUUAUUCGGAGAACAGACUUUGACCUGGAUAUAUCUCUUCAGGGACUUCCUCAGAGGGUAGAGGGGAAUUCAAAGCUUGCUGUGGCUUUCUCUGUUAUGGAUGAAUGCUUUUUGCCAAUAACUGACAGAAGGAGCGGGAUCAACUUGAUCCAUGGUGUUCUUUAUAAUUGUGGGUCAAACUUCAAUCGACUCAACUACAGUGGAUUCUUUGCCUUGAUUUUGGAGAGGGGUGAUGAAAUCAUUUCUGCUGCAUCCAUAAGAUUGCAUGGGACAGAGUUAGCCGAAAUGCCCUUCAUCGGAACUCGCCACAUAUAUAGACGUCAGGGAAUGUGCAGGCGUCUUUUUAGUGCUGUUGAAUCGGUACUCCGCUCAUUGAAGGUUGAGAAGCUAAUUAUUCCUGCGAUUUCUGAGCUAAUGCACACAUGGACGGAGGUAUUUGGGUUCACUAGCCUUGAUGAAUCCCUUAAGCAAGAUCUGAAGUCCAUGAAUACGAUGGUGUUCCCUGGUGUGGAUAUGCUUCAGAAACAGUUACUUCAGCAGGAACAUGUGGAGAAAAUGAACACUAAUGAAGGUGUGAAAGAGAUGGGAUCCAACGGUGAUAAAUGUAUGGACAAUGGUUCUGCAUAUAGUGGUUCAGCUGGAGAUUAUCUCAAUGAAAGUGACAGUGGUGGUCUCGAGCUUGAUAAUGGUGAAGCAAAAGUGGGAGAAUUGUCUAGGGGAAAAUCUGAUACAUCGGGUCUAGAUGCCUCUGCACACUCUACAAAGAGUUUCUUAGAUGCACCCCACAAGAUUAAGCAUAGCGUCAGCUCAGAUUCCGGACUAGUGGAGAAGAAGUUGUAUAAAUCCAGAAUAUCCAAUCUGAAAUCAGCUGCUGGGGAGAAUGGCGAUAUCUCUUCUCAUGCUCAUCCGGAUAACCAGUUUCUUCUUCCCAUUUCUUCAGAUAAUGUUUCUGGAAUGAGCGCUUCACCAGAUGCUUCUCAUGGGCAUAAACAACCCGUAAAUGGCGAGGAAGUUAAUUGUGUGGAUGAAUCAGCUUCUGUUGCUAACCAUUUGAGGAUGCCUAAUGUUACGAGCAGUCGGAGAGAAAAAGUCAAAGAGGCGGUACACGACUUGAGGGAGAAUGGAACUGAUGAUGCCCAAGCGUUCAAUCUAUUAAGCGAGUCUACAUCCGAGGAUGAAUAUAAAGGUUCAUUCUCUACUGAACAGACUAAAUCCUCAAGUGAUUUCCAGAAAGACUCUGAGCCCACCAAUGUUGACGCUCCCCAGGAGGAAUAUCAAGUGGGGUCAGGCCUUGAAGCUACGAACCAUCCAGAAGCAAGUUAUGAGCAUGGUUUCGACACUGAUGCGAGUGAAGGUAAAACGGAAUCUGAGUAG